AAAAUUUGAAAAAGUCUUUGAUUUGUGUACAUUUUUUAAAAUUAUUCUGAUGAAAAAGAUGAAAAGUAAUUCAACAAAGAAACAGGAACGAUUAGAAAAAAAAAAGAAAAAAUUAGCUGCUUUAGCUGAAGUAAUGAAAUUAAAUGACAAGGAUAGACAAGAAAUUGAGAGUAGCAAAAAUUCCAUCUCAAAUUCUGAUGAUGAAGUUCCGGCUGAUAAAGACAAAGUUUCUAAAAGAAAUGAGCCAGCGGAUCAUAUUGAACCAAAAAAAAAGAAGGUUAAGUUAGAAGAAAACUCCAAAAUUCCAGAGGAAUCUGAAAAAAUAGAAGAAAGUGAAAAUAAAUCUAAUGAUAUGAAAAACGAUAAUUCUAAUUUGGGUAAUAAUGAUACAGAAAUUUCAGAUGAACAAUAUAUAACUAUUAAAAAAAGUAUUAACAAGAGAAAACAUGCACCACAAUUCCGUUUAAAGGAAUUUGGAGAAUUUGCACUACUGUCGGUUGAUCAUGAUUGUAGAACACCAAUAUUUUUAACUGAUAUACAGCAUUUAUUAAUGGGUUCAUUAAUUAAUCUAGAUAUUGGAUGUAUACCAAAUCGAUGGUGUACUGUUGAAAAACUUGGAAAAUUAUCCCAUACCGUAGUGUUAAUUGUUGAAGGUAUUUCGUUAUUCCAUUACCUAUCAUAUCAGAAUCAAUUUGAAGAAACUAAUAAAAUUUUUGAAAAUAAACUUGAAGUAAUUUUACCAACUUUUGAAGAAGGUAAAGUGUUAAAAGAAUUAGCUACUGUUCCUCUAACUGCUUUUCAAAAGGAUCAGCUUAUUGAAAAGUAUGGUUCGAUUGAGGCUGCAAUCGAAAUGAACAAAGAUCCUAUAUUUAUGGUAAAAGAAGUAUUUCCAAUUGAAAAUACUGAAAUUAGUGAAAAGAUCGAAAUUGAAAACAAAUUGGAAAGGGUAAGCAAAGAGGUCGAAGACAAAUUUCCUAGAACGAAACUUCUAUUAUCUGCUUUACAAAUGGUAGAGGAGGGCUAUCCUCUUCCUUUGCGUGGCGAGCUAGAAAGAAGAUAUAAAAGUUAUAAAUUUACAAAAAACAUUUAUGAAAAUGUUACAUCAACAAGUCCCUUAUUCGGGGUUGAUUGUGAAAUGUGCAGAACAUCAGCUGGUAAUGAAUUGACUAGAAUUUCAAUAGUUGAUGAAAAUAUGGAACUUGUAUAUGAAAGCUUAGUGAGGCCAAAAAAUGUUAUCAUCGAUUAUUUAACUAAAUAUUCAGGCAUUACUGCUGAAAUGAUGAUGAACGUUACUAAACAAUUACAUCAAGUUCAAGAGGAUGUAAUAAAGUUAUUGCCAUCUGAUGCAAUUCUUGUUGGACAAUCUUUAAAUUCUGAUUUACAUGCCAUGAAAAUGAUGCAUCCUUAUGUUAUUGAUACAAGUGUAAUAUUCAAUUUGACAGGUGAUCGAAAACGUAAAUCAAAAUUACAAGUUUUGGCUAAGGAAUUUUUAGGCGAAGUUAUUCAAAAAAGAAUUGAAGGUCACGAUUCAAUUGAAGAUAGUAAAGCAAGUCUUAAAUUGACAAAAUUAAAACUUUUAAAUAGCUUGGAUUAUGGUGACAUUGUUCUUAUGCGUAAAAAGGAACAAAAUAAAGCAAAAAAAUUAGGUGAAAUGAAUAUUUCAAAUAAUUUCUUUGCAUAUGUUUCUAAAGUAGAAAAGAGAGCAACAAUUAUAAGUGCAAAGGAAAUUCCUUCCGAAUUAAAAAAUGAAUUAGACGGACAUUAUAAAAUUAAUAGUGAUGACACUGAAACACAUCCUUUACAAAAUAAAGUUCAUUAUUAUGUAACGGAUGGUAAUAAAGCAGCUAUAAGUAAAGCUAAGGAAGUUGUUUAUGAUAAUUCUUUAACAAUAUGUAACGUUAAUAUAGCUCCACAACAAUUGGAAUUAUCUAAAGUAGAAAAAACAAUGGAAAAUAUUGAUAAAUGGAUAAGAAAAAUACAUGAAUGUGUUUCUUCUAAUGGAUUGUUUAUUGUAAUAAUUGGUGGAUCACCUGGCUCUACAAGUGGUGUAGCAAUGAUAAAAAUUAAAAAACAUGUUAUCGAAUCCAAUUCGGAAACUUCAAUCACGGCGUAAUUAAAUGAUAUGUAAAACAUAAAUUUUUUUUUUUUAAUUUGAAAAAAAAUGACAAAAAUGAAUUUUGAAUUUAUCUUGGACAAGUUAUAAUGCAAUCGUUUAUAUAAAAAAGAAAAACAAAAAUAGAACAAAAAAAAAAAAAACGCGAAAAGUUUCAAUAAGUUGUUAUUUUAUAUAAAGUUUACAAAUUACAAAAAUAAUCAUUACUGCAUUUGAAAAAAAUAAAUUUUUUAAAAUGAUUUUUCAUCUUGUAAACACAAGCAACAUUUCAGAAUUCUUAUUUAAUGUAAAAUAAAAUAAGAUAAUCUCUUAUUAAUAAGAAAAUUAUUUAAAAUGAUGUUGUUUCAUUAAAAGCUAUUUUUUAUUAGAUUUCGUCUUAACAAAAAUGUUAAAUUAAUCUUAAAAGACUCGUAAAUUAUUUAAUAAAUUCUGUUUGAAAAG